GUAAUUUGUGAGAAGCAAUGGGUUCUUGAGGCGAGUGAUUGUCCGGUGAAACACUUGUGAGGCUAAGAGUGGUGUCUGAAGACAAUACUUGACCACAACUACUGAUUCUCAAGAGUUUACAAACCAAUUGUUUUGUAUUGAAUCGAGUGAUCAGUACAGAGAUGGACACUGAAGAGGACAAUAGGGGCUAUCGUUGGGAAACGGAAUACGAGAAGACAUGGGAAGCGAUCCGAGAGACAGAGGACGGGCUGAUAGAGCCGGUGGUCAACGAUCUCGUGAAUAGAGCCAAACGGAAGCGAAUGGCCGGACGCAAGAACUUAAGACUCGGAAUGAUGAGACACUUGUUUAUAGUGGUGGACAUGUCUUCGGCGAUGACUCAAACCGAUUUGAGACCAAAUCGUCUGAAAUGCACGACAAAAGUGUUGGAACUGUUUGUGAAUGAAUUCUUGGACGAGAACCCAAUCAGUCAUUUGGCGAUUACUAUGACUCGCAAUAAAAGGGCCGAAAAGUUGACUGAAUUGAGCGCUAAUGUGAAGAGUCAUUUGGACGCCAUUCACAAGUUGUCUGAAACCCCCUGUUUGGGCGAACCCUCUCUUCAGAACGCAUUGGAACUCGCGAUGAAAACUCUUAAACAUAUGCCGGCGCACACCAGCAAAGAAGUGCUGAUCCUGAUGGCCAGCCUAACCACCUGUGAUCCCAAUGACAUCAACCAAACCAUUGAAAGUCUUUGUCAGCAAAAUAUUCGCUGUUCUGUCAUUGGUUUGGCCGCAGAGAUCAGAAUCUGUCGCUUCCUCGCGAAGAAGACAAAAGGCAUUUAUGACGUGGUUUUGGAUGAAUCCCAUUACAAAGAGCUACUGUUCCAACACAUGGACCCCCCGGCCUCCACACUCACCGAGUCAUCACUCAUGCGAAUGGGAUUCCCGACGUAUAUGAAUGAGGGCCGCACUCACGCCUCUAUGUGUGUCUGUCAUCUCAACAAUAAUACAAACUUCAGUACUUCGGGAUACCUGUGCCCUCAAUGCCACUCAAAGUAUUGCGAACUACCGGUUGAGUGUCAGGUGUGUGGUCUGACUCUCGUAUCUCCCGCCCAUUUGGCCCGUUCUUAUCACCACUUAUUUCCCGUCGAUAUGUAUAAAGAGGUGACUCCUGAGGAGUCAAUCAAUGGUCAGUGUUAUGGCUGUAACAAAGAGAUGGUGUCCAACGGAGGCGCUCAAUGCGAACAAUGCCAACACAUGUUUUGCAUUGAUUGUGAUGUUUUCAUUCACGAAACCCUUCACUUGUGUCCGGGUUGUGUCACAACUCAAUAGUCCAUUACAUCAUUACUACACUACUGUACAGAAACUGUCUUUUAUUAUUGCUAUCAAUAAAUAAGUGAAUUUUAAGUCAUUU